CCAAAGGCGGUGACCCCAAAGCUGUUGGAGUCGGGGGAGGCGACGCCGGAGGACCUUUGCUUCUCCUUGCAGGAGACGGUUUUUGCGAUGCUCUGCGAGGUGACGGAGCGAGCCCUGGCCCUGACCCGCGCCCGGCACCUGCUGCUCGUGGGCGGCGUGGCCUGUAACCGUCGGCUCCAGGAGAUGCUGCAGACCAUGUGCAGGGCCCGGGGGGCGGAGCUUUGCCCCACUGAUGACAGGUACUGCAUCGACAACGGCGCCAUGAUCGCCCAGGCCGGGUGGGAGAUGCUGCGGGCGGGGCAGGUGACCGAGCUCAGCCAAUCGGGGAUCACCCAGAGGUACCGCACGGACGAGGUGGAGGUGACCUGGAGGGACUGAAGGGAAAUGAAG